AUGCUUCCUCCGAUUCCCAUCCCGGCAGAGUAUGGUAUCUCGCCAGACACCGGCUUCCUUCCUUCGGAGCCCCCUCUGGAGCAUUUACCUGAUCCAUAUUACGCCAAAUGGGAAUGGAUUGUGGCAAACAUUCAGGCCCUCCUGCUCAGCAGGAGAAUGAGGAGAGUAGUUGACAACAUGCCAAUUCUAUCAACCUCAUAUCUUCAAGCUGAGCCCGAAUGGAGGAGGGCCUAUUCGAUUUUAGGGUUUAUCCUUCAUGGCUAUGUAUGGGGGGGAUCUACGCCGGCGGAAAGGAUACCACCUCAGUUGACUGUUCCUCUCUUCGAAGUAUGCGACCAUCUUGACCUACCUCCAGUCGCCACUUACGCUGGCUUGGUUCUUUGGAACUUUAAGCCGAUUUUUUCUGACGAGCCUAUGGAUGACCUGGAUAACCUCGCCUGUAUCAACACCAUAACCGGGACCCUGGACGAACAAUGGUUCUACCUCGUGUCCGUCGCCAUCGAAGCCCGCGGUGGCCCGGCGAUAUCACUCGUACUCCAAGCCAUUGCCGCUGCGCGGGUCGGAAACACCGCCGUCGUUAUAGAAUACUUGCAAGCUCUUGCAGAGAUGAUUGAUGAGAUCGGAGCCGUACUGGAAAGGAUGUAUGAGCAUAACGACCCUUACGUUUUCUACAAUAAGAUCAGGCCUUACUUGGCAGGAAGUAAGAACAUGGCCGAUGCGGGCUUGCCGAAUGGCCUACUCUAUGAUGAUGGCAAGAAGCCGGAGUACCGUCAGUACGGAGGAGGGAGUAAUGCUCAGAGUUCGUUGAUUCAGUUCCUCGACAUUGCUCUAGGAAUCGAACAUCGACCCACUGGAGAGACUCGCCCUAGCUCGUCAGAGAAUGGUGGCGUCGCUGCAGGCCCACGUCACGGUUUCAUCCAGGAGAUGCGUUCCUACAUGCCAGGUCCUCAUCGGAAGUUCCUAGAACACAUGGGCGCGGUCGCCAACAUCCGAGAGUACGUGGAGGCCCGGCGCUCCAAUAAACCUCUCAGCCUUGCCUACGACGCAUGUUUGUCAAUGCUGCAAUCAAUGCGGACUAAGCACAUCCAAAUGGUGUCGCGAUACAUCAUCACUCCGUCGCAAAAGGCACGCGAGAAGCCCUCGCGCCCGGCGAGCUUGAAUCUUGCCACCGCUCGCCACAGCGAGAAGCCCGAUGGCAGCAAACUACGGGGCACAGGCGGCACUGCAUUGAUCCCGUUCCUCAAGCAGGCUCGAAACGAGACGGGCGAGCCGAUGAUUGACUCCUGGGCACGACGUCUGCUGACAACCGGCUCCGUGGAACCCAGCUGGGCCUCGCUGAGCAAACUUGGUGAGCAACCUGAUGGAGACCUGAAAGUAGUGGGCCUGGCUGGUACAUGGACUGCGGCUGACAGUGAAGGGGGGAUUUGCCAUUGUUUAAUCUCCUGCAAUCCCGGUCAAAACUUCCGAAGUUAUCCUGUCCCCGCAGAAGGAACUGGGUUGACAUUCGAAAAAGCAAUGAGAGUCAUCCGACCGACUAGUCCCUACUCCGGAGCCGAUAUUAUGUAUAAGGAUCCUCUAGUUUGCUUGCCCUACAUAACCGACCCUUCACGGCCCCUGCCGCUUCGGCACAAUAUUCCUGGGCCCCGUCCUAUAUCUGAGGCUAGCCUUCCUGUUUGGACGCCAGGUCGCUCGCGCGAUUGCCUCCAAUUCCUGUUCCAAGUGUCGUCACAGAUAACUCGUGAGCCCCAGACAUCAGGAUUCAAGUUUGGGACGUUCGCCCAGCUUACCCUCCCAACCCGUCAGACUCCAGACGCACCAUGA